AUGGAUUUAGAGCAAUUACAGAAGGACUUCCAAGAUUGUUUGGAUGAGAAAAAGUAUUUACUCAUUUUAGAUGAUGUAUGGAAUGAGGAUCCUAUGAAGUGGAAUGAAUUGAAACAGCUGUUAGUGGGAGGAGGUAGCGGAAGCAAAAUUGUAGUCACCACUCGUAGUAGCCAAAUUGCAGAGAUGAUGGGCACAAUCGCAGCACACUAUUUGCAAGGUCUUGAUGAGAAGGAAGCUUUGUCAGUGUUUCUCCAAUUUGCAUUCAAGAAAGGGGAAGUGAAUCAAUUUCCAAACCUAGUGAAAAUUGGGGAAGAGAUAGUCAAAAAAUGCAAUGGGGUUCCUUUGGUUUUGAAGACACUUGGGAGUCUGCUCGGCUCCAAAACUUCAGAGCAUGAUUGGAAACUUGUGAGAGACAGUGAGAUGUGGAAAUUAGUGGAAGAGCAAAAUAACAUCUUUCCUGUUUUGAAAUUGAGUUAUGAUGAAUUGCCUCCACAUCUUAAACAAUGUUUUGCAUUGCUUUCAGUCUUUCCAAAGGAUUAUGCAUUUGGUAGUUGGGAGGUGAUCCAAUUUUGGAUGGCUCAUGGUUUGCUUCAAACCUCCAAUGAAAAUGAAGACCUAGAAGAUAUUGACGGGUCUAAUCUUGAGGCAUUGCCAAGAAAUAUUGGUAGUUUGAAGCAUUUAAGGUAUCUUCACCUAGCCAAUUCCAAUAUCAAGAAACUUCCGAAUUCCAUAUGUAAGUUACAGAGUUUGGAAACUCUGAUUAUCGGUGGUGAAGGAAUUGAAGAGUUGCCCAAAGGUAUGAGAUACAUGAUCAGUCUCAGAAUGUUAUGGAUGAGUACAAGACAGAGGGUUCUAUCUGAGAAUGGCUUUGAACACCUGAAAUCUCUUCGGUUUUUGGCAAUUGGAAAUUGUGAAAAUUUAGAAUAUUUGUUUGAAGGGAUUCAGAACCUCACAUCCCUUAAUACCUUGUUGAUUGUUGAAUGCAAAAACUUGAUCUCACUACCUCAUGGCUUGAAAUCUUCAACCGCAUUAAAACAUCUGAUAAUUGGGUAUUGUGAAAAGCUUGAUCUUAAUAUGACAUUGGGAUUGGAAGGGAGAGAAAAAGAAGAUGAUGAUAAUCAAGAUUACCUUGUUGGCAGUGGGUUACGCCUUCAAACGUUGUUGAUUGGAAGGUUACCAAAGUUGGAGGCACUACCCCGAUGGCUUCUUUCAGCAUCUGCUGACACCUUGCAAACCUUGAUACUUGCCGAAUGUGAAAAUCUGACAACGUUAUCAGGUAGGCAGGACCUCACAUCACUUGAAACAUUGGAGAUUGAGGAUUGCCCGAUGUUGUCAUCUCUGCCAGAGCGGAUGCCACGCCUCAGACACUUGGAAAUUGAAAGAAGUCCAAUUUUGAGAGAAAGAUGCAAACCAGAAAUGGGGGAGGAUUGGGCCAAGAUUGCUCAUGUCUCUAAAAUAUGGAUUGAUGACAAUGAAAUCUCAUCAUCAAAGGAAUGA